GUAAUUAGAACCCUCCCACUUAGAGUUUAAAACUGAGCUCACAGAAGUGUAAAAUCAGAGGAAACACCAACGGUCUGAAGCAGGAUUUUUCUUCUCCAUCACAUCUGUGAAGAUGCAGGCAUCUGAUCUCUGCAGGAUCAUCCAGGCUGUCAUGAAGCCUCUUGAGAACGGGCUGCUGUCCUUCAACCGUCUGUCAGAGAUGAUCCUCAGUAUUGAUGCAGACAUUGUCUUUCAUAAAUGUCAGACAUUUGAUGACUUCAGACAAGAAGUUCAGAAAAUGGAAAAAUACUUGAAAGAGUCGGAGCAGAAAGCUGGUAAAGAGCUAGAACAGCUUGAUGAGAAGACUGAGACUCUCACUGUAAAAAAAUAUAAUUUAGAGAGAAAGAGAAAGGACCAAGAUGCUGAGUUAGCACGUUUGAAGACCUGUGUGGAAUCACAUCAGUCCACUUUAAAGAGUUGCACUGAAGCUCGAGAUGCUGAGAAGAGAAACCUGGAAACUGCAAAAGAGACCUUGAAAGAAAUGCAAGACAAAGUAGAUCACGCAGACACAAUUAGAAAUAUUGGAGUUCCUCUUUUUGUUAUACCAGUAUUUGGAUGGAUUGCUGGGGGAAUCAUGGUUGGUGUUGGCUGUGCAAACGUAAGCUCGGCCACGGAGGAAGUAAUUAAAGCUCAAGAGGAGGUACAGAAAUGUGACUCUCAGAUUAAAGUUUACACUGCAAAGGUGUCUCACUACAAUGGAUUAAUCUUUAAAGCUGAACAGGAAACCAAAAAAGUCAACAGCAGAAUUUGUGCAACUAAGGCAGAACUGGAGGGUUUGCUUGUGAAACGGAAAACUGUUGAAAACCUUCAGAGUCAAACGAGAAAAGUUGUCCAUCAUCUGGGGCUUCUCUCUGGGAGGGUGAGUGUAGUUGAGACACAGACCAGAACGCAGAUCCUGGUCCAGACCAUAAUGAGAGUGAUGGAUGAGUUGACACCAGUGCUGACCCAGAUUAUAGAAGAUGACAUGCUGCCCACUGGAAAGUUGGAAAGAAUGAUAGAGGAAAUGAAAACCAACAACAGAAAACUUAAAGCAAGUCUGAGUGAAGAGAGUAAUGAUUAUUACUGAAAUGUACAUGCAUGUCAACGUUUUCUAUUUUAUUUGAAUUUAUUUUCUGUGCCUUUUUUUCCUUACCAAGUACUUUUAUUUUUGUCAAACCACAGUGUAUGGAUUAAGGUUAAAUCUGUAUUUUCCAACAUGUGUGAAAAUGUGUUUUUUAUUAGAAAAAUCAACAGUGACGAAGUGUCUGGGGCAGUUUUUUAUAAAUGUUAAAGGGGAUAUAAAAUGAUUUUGUUAAGCCUUUCAGAGUGAACUAUAUCCAUAUAUAUAUG